AUGGCCAUACUAUUUAAAGCGAAGUCGUGCCCAAGAGACCAGCACAACAACAUGGCAGAUGGCGGUGAUGUGCUGCCAGAUUCUGAGUCGACCUGCGACAGCAGUUCCCAAGAAUAUAUCAAAGACCCUAGUAAACUUACCCCCGAGGAGCUGGUCAUAGAGAAACAGCUUCGCUGGAAGAUUGAUGUAUUGAUCAUGCCUACGAUCAUCUGUGUCUACUUGAUGAAUUACAUUGAUCGCAAUAAUUAUGCUGCAGCGCGACUACAGGGCCUUGAGAGGGAUCUGAAAUUGACGCCGUCACAGUACCAAACUGGCCUCUCCAUCCUGUUUGUCAGCUAUAUCCUCAUGCAAGUCCCAUCCAAUCUCCUGCUCAACUACGUUGGCCGGCCGUCUCUAUAUCUAGGAUUUUCCACGAUUGCAUGGGGCCUUGUUUCAGCGUCUACCAGUCUCGUGAAGAACUAUCCGCAAAUUUUGGCGUGUCGUCUUAUCCUUGGAUUCGUCGAAGCCCCAUUCUUUGCUGGCGUCCUGUUCUAUCUUUCAAAAUGGUACACCAAGAAAGAGCUGACUCUCAGAAUGAGCAUCUUUUAUUCUGGCUCAUUACUUAGCGGCGCAUUUGGAAAUCUGAUUGCCGCAGGUAUAUUGAAUGGGUUAUCUGGAAGCUAUGGCCUUUCUCCAUGGCAAUGGUUAUACAUCAUUGAAGGCAUCAUCACCAUUGCCAUUGGGUCACUCAUUUGUGUGAUUCUACCAGAUUUCCCAGACACAUGGAGGCUUUUAACAUCUGAAAUGAAAUGCGUCGCAAACCGGCGGCUUGCGAUCGACGCCGCUGAAGCCGACAUCGAUGGUGAAGGCGGCAUGAGUCAAUUAACGGGUUUCAGACUGGCAAUUACCGAUAUCAAAACUUACCUCCUCGCCAUUGCCUACAUGUCCAUCACGGGAGCCAGCGGCUUCCAAAACUUCUUCCCUACACUCACAGCUACCCUCGGUCACAACGAGACAAUUUCUCUCCUACUCGUCGCUCCUCCUUACAUCUUCACGCUCGUAUACAGCAUUCUCCAUUCCCGCAUGUCCGAUCGUCUUGGAAGUCGGUUCUGGUUCUUCAUCUAUCCCAUUCCCAUUUCGAUCCUCGGAUUCAUCAUCUUCAUGACCACAGAUUCGUUUGGCCCCCGGUAUCUCUCGCUCUUCAUCAUGUCCUUCGUCUUCACGAUGAUGUCCACAUGCUAUUCCUGGGUCGCGGGGGCUAUCCCGCGGCCGCCGGCAAAACGUGCCACUGCAUACGCGUUUAUUAACUCGGUAGGUAACUCGGCGAGUAUAUGGACACCGUACACGUAUCGAGAUCGAGAUGCGCCCCAGUACCGGUUGGCACUGGGGCUGUGCAUUGCACUGCAGAUGCUGGCGGGUUUGAUGGCCGUGAUGCUACGGUUGCAUCUCAUAAAGCAGAACUGUGCGUUGGAACGAACGGAACGUGAAUGUGGAGGGCUUGUGGAUGACGAGAGGAUGAGGUUGAUAUCUGCUGAGACAGAAGGGGUUGAAGUGGACAUACCAGCGCCUCUCCGAAAGGGAUUUCGUUAUAUGAUUUGA